AUGAAAGUGGCCGGCCACUCAUUUCGACCCUCAUGGGCGGUUCUCUUGACACUCGGCCUUGCCGGACUCGAGUCUGUCGAUGCAGUGGAAUUGAAUGUGAACAAUGCAGAUUCCAUUAAGAGUGCUGCGAAAGACAUUGCUACGAAUAUGAUGACAUACUACACCGGAAUGAAUCCAGGCGAUAAUCCAGGCAAUCUACCAGAUCCCUACUACUGGUGGGAGGCUGGUGCAAUGUUCAAUUCACUGAUCAAUUAUUGGUAUUACACGGGGGACGAGACUUGGAACGACAUUACGACCCAAGCCAUGCUCUGGCAAGCCGGCGACAACGCAGCCUUUAUGCCCGCCAAUCAAUCCAAAACUGAGGGAAACGACGACCAAGUCUUUUGGGGUUUCGCAGCCAUGUCAGCGGCAGAACGGAAUUUCCCUAACCCUCCCAGUGACCAGCCUCAGUGGCUGGAGAUGGCCCAAGCCGUCUUUAACACGCAGGCGGCUCGGUGGGACCCUGCAACUUGUGGUGGCGGAUUGCGAUGGCAGAUAUUCACGUGGAACAACGGUUACAACUACAAGAACACCAUCUCAACCGGUGGGUUCUUUCAGCUUGCGGCCCGACUUGCUCGCUACACCGGAAAUCAAACGUACUCGGACUGGGCCGACAAAGCUUGGGACUGGAUCACCGAGGUCGGCUUCCGAAGUAAUGAAUACAACUUCUGGGACGGAGCCAGUGACCUCAGUGACUGCAAGGACAUCAACAAGAUCGAAUGGACCUACAACAAUGGAGUCUUUUUGCUGGGAGCCGCCAGUAUGUAUAAUGUGACUGAGGACCCUAAGUGGAAGGAUCGAGUCCAGAAGAUCCUCAAUGCCGGAGAAAUCUUCUUUGUCCAGGAGCCACCCAACGUCAUGUACGAGCGAGCUUGCGAGACCGUCAACACAUGCAUGGUUGACCAGCGGUCCUUCAAGGGUUAUCUGGCUCGCUGGAUGGCGGACACCAUUCAUAUGGCUCCCUUCACUCACGAUCAGAUCAUGCCCAAACUCAGGGCUACCGGGCAAGCCGCUGCCAAAACUUGCACGGGCGGCGAGCAAGGUACGACUUGUGGUAUGCGAUGGACCUCACAGAAAUGGGAUCAUACCAAAGAUUUCGGUCAACAGAUGUCCGUUCUGGAAGUUGUGCAAGCGAACUUGAUCGACUAUGUGGCCCCUCCCGUCACGAAAGAUCAUGGCGGUACCAGCAAGGGCAAUCCCAACGCUGGAGGAAAGCCUGUCAAUCCUACGCCUGACGCUCUUUCGUAUCCCAUCACCACCGCGGAUAGGGCCGGUGCAGGUAUCCUGACCGCGCUGAUGAUGAUUACCCUUGGCGGGUCCUGUGGCUGGUUGAUAUGGGAUUGA